AUGCGGGCGACGAUCGACGCCCUCGCUCGCGCCUUCUCCAUCGGCCUCUUCGAUGUCGACGAGCAGGGCGAGUUGGAGAUCAACGGAAUCUUCAUACUCGGUGUCGCGCUUCUCUUCGGCGUCCUACGGCUCAUCAUCGUCGCCCCGGCCGCGUACAGGAGCGCGUCCCAGUACAACCGACAUGCGUCGCCAAAAUUCCAAUUCAUCGACGACGCGCGCGCGGUGCGUCGCGGUCCCUCGCUCGAGGAGAUCCCGAGCGUGUGCGCGGACAUGCGAGCGUCGUUUCGAAGCGGGCACACGCUGCCGAUGCGGAAGAGGAAGGAACAGCUCGGGCAACUGUUGAAAAUGCUGAAGGAGCGCGAGGAUGAGAUUCUGGACGCGUUGAGAGAGGAUUUGUCGAGGGAACACGUGGAGGCAUUUUACUACGAUUUCGCGCUCCCUCGAGCGGAAAUCCGGGCGAUGUUGAGGAACAUUCGAUCGUGGACCGGGCGGAGCUUGGUGAAGGCGUUUAAUGUGAUCACUUGGCCGUCGAAGCAGUGGAUGGAGCGACAGCCGCUCGGGUGCGCUUUGGUGUGCUCGAGUUGGAAUUUUCCAUUUUUACUUAGUCUUGUUCCAGUGGCAGGGGCGAUCGCGGCCGGGAACGCUGUGGUUUUAAAGCCAUCGAAUGAUAGUAAGGCGUCGACGGCGCUUUUAGUGAAACUUGUACGAGAAUAUUGCGAUCCACGCGUUGUGCAGUGCGUUGGGAGCGAGGUGCCGGGUAACGGCGUGGACGUCAUGCAGACAGUGUUAAAGGAGAAGUUUGACGUGAUAUUCUUCACUGGAUCCUCUAAGGUUGGAAAAAUUGUCGCUCGUGCCGCGGCUGAGAAUUUGACGCCGUGUAUACUUGAGUUGGGAGGGAAGAAUCCAGUCGUCGUCACAGAUUGCGCCGACGUGGACCUAGCGGCGAAACAGUGCGUGUGGGGGCGAGUAAUCAAUUGCGGGCAGCAGUGCAUCUCGCCUGAGUACGUAUUGUGUCACGAGUCGCGAUGCGAUGAGUUUGAGCGAAUGUGUUCCAAGUGGGCAGCGAAGUUCGUUCCCGACGUCACGUUAAAUGGUGCCAUGGCGAGAAUAGGCGGUCCCGAUCCAGAGAGUCGUAUGAAGGCGAUCGCUAAACUGAUCGACGACGCCAAGGCUGGUGUCGCGGGCGAUACAGUCGUGUACGGCGGAACGUACGACGUAAAGAGGCGUUUGGUGGAACCGACGGUGAUUAAGUGCGGUGAAAAGUCUCCCUUCAUGGAAGCGGAGCUAUUCGCGCCAAUUUUGUGCGUUCAUUCGUACAAGACGCUGGGGCAGGCGGUUGAUACGAUUCAGGCUCAAAUGAAGCCGCUGACGAUGUACGUCUUCUCUCGGUCGGCGAAGAAGACGCGCUUCUUAUUAGAUAACACUCACGCGGGUGGCGUGACGGUGAAUGGUACGUUGACCCAUUGUGCGCACGAUCGUUUGCCUUUCGGAGGUGUCGGCGACAGCGGUUACGGACGUUACCACGGUAGGUACAGCGUGGAGUGCUUUCAGCGCGAGAAACCCGUUUUACAAAAAACACGAUGGGGGCGCUGCUUAGGGCUCGGUCUUCUAUCGGACCCGUCGUUUUUGUAUUCGCCGCAAGCAGAAUGGAAAACGAAGUGCGUCCGCGCUGUAGCGUCACUGAUGUAA